UUGAAGCUGUAAAGGCAUCCAUGGGAGACUCCAAGGAGGGUAAAAACAAUGGCAACAGCAGUGGAUGGAUGGCGGUGCCGGCGUUCGGGGAGUGGGACAUGAAGAACGGGGUGCCGGAUUACUCCAUGGACUUCACCAAGAUUCGGGAGAUGCGGAAGCAGAACAAGCACCCCUCCCGCGCCAGCCUCGGCAACGACGACGAGCUCCAGCUCCCCUCCAACAACAACAACAACGAGGGGGAGGCGGAGGAGGAGCCCCGCCGCCGCCGCCACCGCCAUGGCUCCCCCACAGGGAGGAAGAAGAAGUUGAUGGGCUGCUUGCGGUGCUGUACAGGUGCAUGAGGACAGUCACACUCACUGCUGAUGACUCAGUGUUCCUUCUCUUCGCUAACAUAAAUGUAUGCUUUGAGAAUCUUAAAUCUUCAACGCCACUCUGCAUCAUCUA